AUGGCGAACGCGAUGGGCUUCAUCUACAGGGCGGCAUUCCCCGCCGCCAUCGGCAUCGGCCUGCUGCAGGCGUCGAUUUACGACGUCAAGGGUGGCACGAGGGCCGUCAUCUUCGACAGGCUCAGCGGAGUCAAGGAGCAGGUCAUCAACGAGGGCACACACUUCCUCGUCCCCUGGCUGCAAAAGAGCAUCAUCUUUGACGUCCGGACGAAGCCGCGCAACAUCGCCACCACGACGGGCAGCAAGGAUCUCCAGAUGGUCAGCCUGACGCUGAGGGUGCUGCACCGGCCAGAGGUGCAGGCUCUGCCCAAGAUCUACCAGAACCUCGGCCAGGACUACGACGAGCGUGUCCUGCCCUCCAUCGGCAACGAGGUCCUCAAGGCCAUCGUCGCCCAGUUCGACGCCGCCGAGCUCAUCACCCAGCGCGAGGCCGUCUCGAACCGCAUCCGCACCGACCUCAUGAAGCGCGCCAGCGAGUUCAACAUCGCCCUCGAGGACGUCUCUAUCACCCACAUGACCUUUGGCAAGGAGUUCACCAAGGCCGUCGAGCAGAAGCAGAUCGCCCAGCAGGACGCCGAGCGCGCGCGCUUCAUCGUCGAGAAGGCCGAGCAGGAGCGCCAGGCCAACGUCAUCCGCGCCGAGGGCGAGGCCGAGAGCGCAGACACCAUCAGCCGCGCCAUCCAGAAGAGCGGCGACGGCCUCGUCCAGAUCCGAAAGAUCGAGGCCAGCAGAGAGAUCGCGCAGACGCUGGCGUCCAACCCCAACGUCGCCUACCUGCCUGGUGGCAAGCAGGGCACCAACAUCCUGCUCAAUGCCGGCCGGGCGUAA